UUACAAAAUCAUUUUUAAUGAUUCUCUGUUAUAGUAUAAUAAUCAAUAUCUAGACGUAUAUCAAAACGUAUAUUAUAGGAAAUUUAAUUAUAUUUUUUUAGCUACACACAUUGAGAUUACAAGUCUGGAAUUAUUUAAAUGUUUGUAGGUUAAAUGGGUCGUAAAGGAAAAUUUAAUAAAGAUCUCGGUGGUCGUGGGAGGAAAGCAAAGAAACAGAGUGAUCCAAUAUUUCCAAAAGGAGUUCUAGUUAAAGAAUCUAAUACAUUGAGUCACCGGCAAAAACAAAGAGUAAGGAAAAGAUUAUUAAAAAAUCAACAGCUGAAAGAUAAUGCAAAGAAAUUGUUCGAAAAGAAAAUUAAUGUGGAAGAAAAAGUACAGUCAAAAAAUAGAGAAGACAUAUUAAAGCAGCAGAAAAAAAAGAAAAAAAACAAAGUAAAAUUUAUCAAUGACGAAAAAGAUGUCAAGAUGGAAAUCCAAUCCAAUCUGAGCUCGAAGCUGGAAAUAAAAGUGGAACAAAGUUCCACAUUUGAAAAGAAAAAAGAAACAAAGGUGAAACAGAAAGAUAUAAUAAAGACUGUAGAAAAUAACAGUAAUAAGAAUUGUCACAAUAAAAGUGACAAAAUGAAAAUAUAUUCUGAUAAUCAAGUACUCAAACUAAGCAAGAAAGACAAACAAAAUAAAACAAAAAGCAUGAAAGUUAAGACCAAUUUAAAAAGUGAAAGUGGUAAUGAUAAUAAUCAAAUCGAAGAUGAAAAAAUGGAAAUAUGUUCUAAUAAACAAGUAAUCAAACUAAAAAAGAAAGCAAAGCAAAGUAAACAGAAAAAUAUAAAAGUUAAGAACAAUGAAAAUAGUAAAAGUAAUAACGAUAUGUUAUUUAAUGUUAAUGAUGAAAUUGAGGAAGAUGAAGAUGAACAAAUGGAUGAAGAGAAUAUGAGCGAAGAUGAAGAGGAUAUGAGUGAGGAUGAAGAAGAUACAAGUAAGGAUGACAAUCAAUUGUUUUCUACAGCAAAGUUAAAGAAAACCUUCAAAAUAAAACAAUUUAUGAAGGAUAAUAUAGAAAGUGAUGUCGAAGAGAUGGUUUCCAGCAAUGAGGAAGAAUCUGCUGAAGAUGAACGGAUGGAGGAAGAUGAAAAAGAAAAUGAUAAAAGUAGUGAUGAUGACUUACUUCCAAUAGAAAAAGCCAAUAGGAAAUUGAAAAAGAAAAAAGAGAAAGAACAAAAGCUUGCUGGGGAAGAAAUGGAAGAUAUGAUGACACAUCAAAGAAUAUUCUCUUUUCCAACUGAUGAAGAACUUACAAAUGUUACUAGUUUAAAAGAUAUUCAGCAACGAAUACGAGACGUUAUCAUGGUGUUAUCAGAUUUUAAGAGAUUACGGGAGGAAAAUAGGUUACGUUCUGAAUAUACCAAACUACUUCAAAUGGAUUUAUGUACAUAUUAUAGUUAUAACGAUUUCCUAAUGGAAAAAUUGAUGCAAAUGUUCUCACUGGACGAGUUACUAGAAUUUUUGGAAGCGAGUGAAGUACAAAGACCUUUGAUCAUCCGAGCGAAUACUUUGAAAACUAGACGACGCGAUCUAGCUGAGGCUCUCAUCAAUAGGGGUGUUAAUCUUGACCCAAUAGGAAAAUGGACAAAGAUUGGUUUGAUAGUGUAUUCCUCACAAGUGCCUAUGGGCGCAACGCCAGAAUAUCUAGCUGGACAUUAUAUGAUACAAGGCGCUUCUAGCUUCUUGCCCGUAAUGGCGUUAGACCCGAAAGAAAAUGAAAGAAUUCUUGACAUGUGUGCUGCACCAGGUGGUAAAGCUUCGCACAUUGCUGCUAUUAUGAAAAAUACUGGAACUUUAUUCGCUAACGACUUGAAUAAAGAACGACUUAAAGCUGUUGUUGGCAAUUUCCACAGACUUGGUAUUGUCAAUUGUGUAAUCUGUAAUUACGACGGGCGAACAUUCCCUAAGAUUAUAAAAGGCUUUGAUAGAGUUUUAUUGGAUGCUCCAUGUACAGGUACAGGAGUAGUUUCAAAAGAUCCUAGUAUAAAAACGAAUAAGGCAGAAGUAGACAUUCAACGUUGUUGCACAUUACAAAGAGAACUGUUAUUAACUGCGAUUGAUUGUGUUAACUCGCGUUCGGAAUCGGGUGGUAUAAUUGUUUAUUCAACUUGCUCGAUUCUACCAGAGGAGAACGAGUGGAUCAUUAAUUACGCUCUUAAAAAGCGCGAUGUAAAGUUAAUACCCACUGGUUUAGAAUUUGGAACUGAUGGUUUCACGAAUUAUAGACAACAUCGAUUUCAUCCCUCAUUGAAAUUAACUAAACGAUUUUAUCCGCAUGUACAUAAUAUGGAUGGUUUCUUUGUAGCAAAACUAAAAAAAUUCUCCAACAAUAUUCCUAAUUAAAAUAGUAGGUACAAGGAAAAUAAAUGUCUGAUUAAAA